AUGAACCAGAGUGAUGCGAAUGGAAUUUUUGAGGUAAUAUUGCAUAUGCAAGGAGUACUCAAGGAUAAGAAACUUCCACCUAUUCGCAGUGGACUUGUCGGCCAGCAUGAAGAAAAGACUGCAACACCUAUGACAAUCCAUCACCCACAUACCUGGCCUGAAGAUAAUGGCCAUGAAGGGCACAACGGAAUGACCAAUGCUCGAGAUGUAGAGGCCCCAUAUAUGAAUCCAACCACGGUGAAUCCGGAGAUGGACAAGAAUGCCUUCAUCAAGAGAAUGAAUGCAACAAAUGGAAUGUUUGUAUAUGGAGAGGAGAAUGUAGUACUCUAUGGAGAAGAGUGGAUAGAUGCUACUGGACACAAAAAAACUGUCCGCAUACCACCUCAGAGACUGCACGUGGGUGAUAUAGUAUAUGUUGCCUUCAGUAGGGUCACAUUUGGAAGAGGAAGUGAGUUGAAGGCAAGAUUAUUACUUGGCAAUAUUACACUUUUGGAUGCAACUCACACAAAAAAAUGGCUCAAGGAAAAGGUUAAACCGCAGUCCCUGAAUAUCAGAAUGCAGCCAACCCUCAAGUGA